AUGUCUAAAGUUUCAAUUGCAAUUAUCGGUCUCAAUGGUUUCAUUGGCAAACACGUCCUCAAUGCCAUCAACUCUGGUAUCUUUGACUCCAAGAUUCAAUUCCCCGUCAAAGCAAUCACCAGAAAAGAAGGAACCAAAUCAAGCGACAAAAUUGAAUACAUUGUCUCUGCCGAAACAUCUCCAAAUGACACCAAGUUGAUUGACGCACUCAAGGGCGUUGAUGUCGUUGUUGAGUUGACUGGUCCCAACCCUGAAUUGUUUGCCAAUAUUGAGAAAAUUCUUGCACAAGUUAAACCAAAAUUGUUUAUCCCAUCUCAAUUUGGUACUGACAUUCCACAAGUUGACACUUAUGCACCUGGAUUUUUAGCAUUAAAGACUCAACAUUCGGAAAAUGUUCGCAAGAUUGGUGGUAUCAAAGUUGUCGACAUUAUUACUUCAUUGUUUGCUGUGCCUGGUGCUUUUCUUUACGACUGGGUUGGAGCUGUUGGUAUCACGGAACAGGGGGUCAAUUUGAUUGGUGACAUUGAUCAAAAAUUCCAUAUUUCCAAAUUGGAAGAUGUGGGAAAUGUGGUGUUGGCUGUGGCUACUCAUGAUUCUAUUGCCAAAUUGCCCGAUUUGGUUCAUGUCGCAAGCGACGUUGUAACUGUUAAAGAUGUUAUUGACAAGUAUUCCUCGUCAAAGGGAGUCAAAUUGGAUGUGGUGUCCAAAAAGUCUGCCGAUGAAGGUAGGAAGGAGUUUGUCGAAAAGUUGAAUGCUGGAUUCAACCCCAAUGAUUUCUUGUUUUAUUUGCAAGUUAUUAUUGCGCAAGGUUUGGAUAAAGGGUUGUAUUUCAGUCAUUUGGAUAAUGAGUUGUUUAACCCAAAUGAAUCCUUGUGGAAAUGGGGAAAGUUCUAA